AUGCGCCAAGUGUACGGCGGUCCCAAGCUGCCAGUUGAACUGCGCAACCAGUUCGACCCUUCAUACGGUAGCAGGAAAUCUGGGCGCAACGGCCCUGCAACGCGCAAAGACAAGCGUAAGGCAGAUCGCGUUAAGAAAAAGCGGCAGAACAAGCAGGUACGAAGGCCAGCACCUGUUAGACCCGAAAAUGGUAGAGGUCCAGCGAAAAGACAUGGGCAAGGCGACGAGGAUGACGGCGAGGACGAGGACGAGGCGAUCGACUGGGAUAAUGUAACAGAAGACGGGACGCCACCACCUGCACCUGCGAAAGAGUCCCUCAAGAAACCCAAAAGUAUCUUGAGGAAGUCAUCGUCUCAAGAAGAGGACUCGGAAAAGCCUCCGAGCGUACCGCGCGCAAUUAAAGAAAAGCUCAAUCAAGACGACGCUGAGAUCGCCGCCCUAGAAAAGAGAUUGGGUGUAAAGGGCAAGAAAAAAUCCAAGGGUGUGGAACAUGAUGGAUUGGAUGACAUAUUUGGCGAUCUUGGAGACUUUGGCAGCGAGGACGAGGGCCUAGGCCAGCAACCUUUGAAGAGGAAAAGGAACGAGGACGACAACUGGCUUGCAAGCAAACGACAAAAAGCACUAGGUGCGGCGCCAAAAGAUGAUACAGAUGACGACAAAGAUUCAGAAGCAGAAGAAAGCCUAGAUGGGGAGGAUUAUUCUGAUCUGGACGAUCUUGGAGGCUCUGACAUGGAAGGCUUUGACUCCGAAGAGGAUGAAGAGAAUGGAGAAAGCGAGGACGAAGAGCCGAUCCAAUCGCGCGUACGAGAGAAUCCAUACGUCGCACCCAUCGCACCUGGGGCUUCACCGGCGGCCAAAUAUGUGCCGCCCGCGUUACGGGCGCCACCGUCCUCCGAUGCUGAAACUUUAUCCCGACUUAGGAGACAAAUACAAGGUCUCUUCAAUCGACUGUCCGAGGCAAACAUUCUCACUAUUCUUAAAGAUAUCGAAGGUAUCUACCAGAACAACCCUCGAGGCUACGUCAACACGACCCUGAUUGACUUACUCACUGGGAUGCUGUCGGACCCUUCAGCAUUAUUAGACACUUUCUUAAAUCUGCAUGCAGGAUUCAUAGCAGCCAUCUACAAGGUGAUUGGGCCUGACUUCGGGGCGCAGAUGAUAGAACGCAUUGUUUCUGAAUUUGACACACACUAUCAGCACAAUAAAGAGGGAACUGGACAGCAAACGAAGAAUCUCAUCUCAGUUGUGGCAGAGCUUUAUACAUUCCAGGUGAUCGGAAGCAACAUAGUCUUUGACUAUAUCCGAUUCUUCCUAGAUGAGCUUACGGAGAUCAAUACAGAACUGCUUUUGAGGGUGGUGCGAGCAGCCGGACCACAAUUACGCCAGGAUGACCCCACGGCUUUAAAGGACAUUGUAGUGUUGCUACAGAAGUCUUUAGCUAAGGUCGGACAAGCUAACCUCCCUGUACGAACCAAGUUUAUGAUUGAGACUAUCAACGACCUCAAGAACAACAAGAUGAAGACAGGAAUCGCAGCCAGUCACAUGUCCAGAGAGCAUACGACACGAAUGAAGAAGCAAUUAGGCACGUUGAAUUCUCGGAACCUCAAGGCCACAGAGCCACUCCGUGUAGGACUGAAGGACAUCAAAGAUACAGACAAGAAGGGGAAAUGGUGGUUAGUUGGCGCAAGUUGGCGCAACGAGCCUGGCACCGAAGACCCUAUUCAAGAGACGAAAACGAUCCCUCGGCAUACACAGACGCUCGAAAACGAGGACGACGAUAGCGAAAUUGAUCUAGUCCAACUCGCCCGAGAACAGCAGAUGAACACGGACAUCAGGCGGGCCAUUUACAUCUCCAUCAUGUCUGCCAGCGAUUUCAAAGAUGCCCAAAUCCGUCUCAGCAAACUUAAUCUGAAGAGAUCGCAGGAAGUGGAGAUUCCUCGAGUCAUAGUUCAUUGUGCAGGUGCGGAGGAGACGUACAAUCCAUACUAUACAGUUCUUGCUCGCAAGGUUUGCUCUGAUCACAAGUCACGAAAGAGCUUCCAAUUUGCAUUGUGGGACAUCUUCAAGAGCCUAGGCGAAAAGCAAGAUGGAGCAGAUGACUCUGAUGAUGACCAGGACGAUACGAAAAACGAAACAAAUCUACGGAAGAUUGUUAGUCAAGGAAAACUCUAUGGUACGCUCAUCGGCCGAAAAGCGCUACCCAUCACGAGUCUCAAGAACCUCAACUUUCCUUAUAUGCAGCCUAAGACUAAGACUUUUGUCGAAGUCAUUCUUGUUACGACAAUUCUAGAGUCUCUGAAGGGCUCUAAGGACAAGCGAAACGAAAGGGCAGUUCGUGAAAUCUUUGUUGAGGUCGAUCAUGCUCCUGAGAUGAUAGCUGGAUUACAGUUCUUUCUCAAAAAGACAGUGCGCAAGACGGAUAUCGUCGAGAAGGCUGAUAAGGAGACGGUUCGGUGGGCGUGCAAGUCCAUCAUGGACAUCCGCAUAGACCAAGGUGGUUCCCGGCCGAGCGAGUUCCGCAAAAAGCUCAACACCAGCUCCCGAAACGAGGCACCAUCCAUUGCCGCCUGCCAUCUCCGCCAUAUAUCCCACGGCUUUUCUUGGUCCCCCGCCUCUCUCCUGUCGCAAUUCAUCAUGUUCCGGUCCCUGGCACCCCGCGCCCUCCAGAGGGCGACGCGCCCCGUCACCCAGAAGUCUUUCUGUGCAUCGAAUCUAUAUUUCCAGAACCGCCUGCAACGAGGUUAUGCUUCAGAAGCUGCAGAAAAGGAUCUGGUCAUCAUUGGAGGUGGUGUCGCGGGCUAUGUGGCGGCCAUCAAGGCUGGGCAAGCUGGCUUGUCGGUCGCAUGUAUUGAGAAGCGUGGCUCGCUCGGUGGAACUUGCCUCAACGUUGGCUGCAUUCCCUCAAAGUCCCUCCUCAACAACUCCCAUCUUUACCACCAGAUUCUCCAUGACACAAAGGGCCGCGGUAUCGAGGUCGGCGAUGUCAAGCUCAACCUCCCCGCCAUGAUGAAGGCAAAGGACACCUCCGUCGCCGGCCUGACCAAGGGCAUCGAAUUCCUUUUCAAGAAGAACAACGUCGAAUACAUCAAGGGAACUGGUGCUUUUCAAGAUGAGCACACUAUUGCUGUCAACCUGGUUGAAGGUGGCGAGACCAGUGUUCGCGGAAAGAACAUCCUAAUUGCUACUGGCUCUGAGGCCACACCCUUCCCCGGCCUGACCAUUGACGAGCAAAAGGUUAUUACUAGCACUGGUGCUAUCAACCUGCAAGAGGUGCCUGCAAAGAUGACCGUCAUUGGUGGUGGUAUCAUUGGUCUUGAAAUGGCCUCCGUCUGGUCGCGUCUCGGCUCUGAGGUCACCGUUGUCGAGUUCUUGGGUCAGAUUGGUGGCCCCGGCAUGGACAACGAGAUUGCGAAGCAGAGCCAAAAGAUCCUCCAAAAGCAGGGUCUGAAGUUCAAGCUCAACACCAAGGUCACCGCUGGUGAGGUGCACGAUGCUGGCGUAAAGGUCAGCGUCGAGGCCGCAAAAGGUGGCAAGGAGGAGACUCUGGACGCUGAUGUCGUUCUCGUUGCUAUCGGCCGUCGCCCAUACACUGCCGGUCUUGGUCUUGACAACAUCAGCCUCGAGACUGAUGAGAGGGGCCGUCUGAUUAUCGACCAGGAAUACCGCACCAAGAUCCCCCACAUUCGCUCCAUUGGUGACUGCACAUUCGGACCCAUGCUUGCCCACAAGGCUGAGGAGGAAGCUGUUGCAGCCAUUGAGUACAUCACUAAGGGACACGGCCACGUCAACUACGGUGCCAUUCCUUCCGUCAUGUACACCCACCCAGAAGUCGCUUGGGUUGGCCAGAACGAGCAGGAGCUCAAAGCAGCCGGCAUCAAGUACAAGACUGGAAACUUCCCCUUCUCCGCCAACUCGAGAGCCAAGACCAACCUCGAUACCGAUGGCUUCGUCAAGUUCCUCUCAGAUGCUCAGACCGACCGGAUAUUGGGUAUUCACAUCAUUGGAGCCAAUGCUGGUGAAAUGAUCGCUGAGGGUACUCUUGCAUUGGAGUACGGUGCCAGUUCAGAGGAUGUCGCACGCACAUGCCAUGCUCAUCCUACGCUCGCCGAGGCGUUCAAGGAGGCUGCCAUGGCCACCUACGACAAGGCUGUUCACUACUAG